AUGGACGAGAAUUUCGGUCUCUGGUGUUUUGGACGACAAGUCCCGGGUCGUGGCGAACCGCUUUCCGUGCGAGACCCUGCUACAGGCCAGCUCAUCAGCAAGUGUCAAACCGCUUCCCCGCAAGACGUGCAGCACGCCGUCGAGUUUGCGCACCAGGUUUUCCAGUCUGGGUCGUGGUCAAAAGCUCCGAGACAUGUACGUGCCGACGUGCUCGAAAAAGCCGCGGAGCUUUUGGGCCUCCAGCUUCCUACGCUCAUCGAGCUGGAAGUGAAGCAAACUGGCCGCGCCAUCCGCGAGAUGAAGGCCCAGGUACCUUCUCUUCUUCGCUGGUUCAAGUACUAUGCGGGAGUGCUGCGCACCGAGGAGCGGCCGGUCUUGCCCACCACCGGAAAGCUGCACAACUGGCUGGACAGGGUGCCCCUGGGCGUCGUCGCGCAGAUCACGCCCUUCAACCACCCCUUGCUGAUUGCUGUGAAGAAGCUUGCUCCCGCCCUGGCGGCGGGCAACAGCGUGAUACUCAAGCCCAGCGAACUUACCCCCUUGACAAGUCUCCUGCUUGGCCCCAUCUUCUCGGCCGCCGGCCUCCCCGCCGGCGCCUUUACCGUUCUGCCCGGUCUUGGGCCAGUGACAGGCAAAGCGCUCGUCAGUCACCCCACGGUACGAAAGGUAGACGUGACUGGUGGGACGGCUGCCGGACGUGCUAUCGGCUCCAUUGUCGGGGGAAACCUUGCCCGGUACACAGCUGAGCUCGGUGGCAAAGCUCCCCUGGUUGUCUUUGACACGGCAAACGUUGAUGCAGCCGUCAACGGGGUCGCUUUCGGGUCCUUUGUUGCCGCCGGACAGACAUGCGUGGCGGCAACCAGAAUCCUCGCUCACAGCAGCCUCAUGCCGUCUCUUGUUGCGAAGCUGGAGCGCAAGUGCGCGUUCAUCAGGAAGAACAUGGCGUCUCCGUUGAAUGAAGAGUCCACCAUGGGCCCUCUCAUCUCCUCCAGGCAGCUGCAAAACGUGGAAACCCUCGUGGCCGACUGCGUCAGUGGCGGAACAGGAAGAGUCAUCUGCGGCGGCGCCCGGCUGACCGGGACUUCUGAGCUCGACGGCACAGACUUCUCAAAGGGCUACUUCUACCCGCCCACGGUGAUUGUGUCGACCUCGAAGGCCAGUGUCACCGCCUCGCGGCUGUGGAAAGAAGAGGCGUUUGGUCCCGUUAUCGUGGUGGUCGGCUUCGACGCGGAAGAAGAGGCAAUACAGCUCGCAAACGACAGCGACUUUGGGCUGGGAGCCGCUCUGUGGACGCAAGAUCUUAGCCAAGCCUUUAGAGUCUCGGAGAGAAUCAGCUCGGGGAUAGUCUGGGUGAAUACGCACCAUCGCAACGACCCCAGCAGUCCGUGGGGGGGGGCGUCGACCGCGAGCGGCGUGGGCAGCGAGAACGGCAUCGAAGCCUACCACGCAUACACCGCCAUCAAGAGCGUCAUCAUCAACUACGCAUCUACCGACGAGACGCUGGCCGCAGAGGACUGGUUUCAGGAAGGCCCCGGACAAGUGCGAUACGGCUGA